AUAUGUCACAUGCACCAAUACCUCCAAUACAUGUCGGUGCUACAGUACCUGAGUCAUAUACUGUGCUUCAGCAUCGAAUCGUUGCAGCUGAGGAGCAAACAGAUGCUUUAAUUCAAGAAUUAGAGAACCUGGGAUUUGGUAUUGAGGACUCUGGAGCACCUAAAAUUGGUGAUUAUGACAGCUGUAGGCCUGUCAGUCCUCUCCAUGCCAGAAAAGCAUUUGGCAGUGAAAGUGAUGUACUGUGGAAAAACUAUGAAUUUCUAGUGAGCCGUGUAUGCCGGCUGGAAAGUGUUAUACAAACAAUGAAAUUGAACGUAUUUCGAAUACAGACAGCAAAGGAGCUCAACCCUGAGUAUUCAGCUUUCAUAAUGGACCACUUGGCUGUAAUGCAGGAAGAACAUGUUCAGGAAAUAAAGAAAAUACAGCGGGAGAUCAUGCGUUUCAGACAGCAGCUGAAUGAAGUUAGUGAAGAAAAAGAGGCAGCUCAAGAAGAAAUAGAAAGGCUGAGUGCUGCUCUGGAAAUAACCACAACAACUAAGACAAAUGUGGCAAUGGCAGCAGAGGAACUGAAAGCAACAAACACCAGAAUGAGCCGAAAAAUGCAAGAGGUGAUGCAAGAGCUGGUCCAGGAAAUAAGUCUCCGAAAGGCUUUGGAAGAAUCUCAUGUUCAUCUGUUACAACGAGUGCAGGAAUUGGAUAAAGUAGUGGAGGUUGAAAGAAAACAGGUCAAGGUGCUACAACAGGAUAGCCUUGCACUCAGAAAGAAUGAGCAGUUGACUCAGGAGAGAUUGCAACAAGAGCAGCAGAAAACAAGUGAUUUGGAGAAAAUUCAAAAACAGCUAAAAAUAGAAUCAGAUGCUAAAGAGUCCAUUAUUUCCCAGUUGGCUGAUGAAGGCAAGAAAACACAACUGAUGUUAAAGAACCAACAGGAAGAAAAUGCCAACCUUCAAAGUGAGAUUGCAUUACUGAAGGAUGUAGUAGAAAAAUUGCAGGCUUUGAAUGACCAGCUAGAUGCACAGUGUACUGAACUGAGUGGCACACUGCGCUCUUUAUCUGUGGAGAAUGCCAAGCUUUUAACAGAACAUCAAGCAUCUUUAAAGGGUGAACAGGAAAAAAUGAAAGAAAAGUUGUAUGAACAGGAACUAUUACUGGAUGCAGCUAGAGCAAGUUUUUCAGCAGAGCUACAGUGUGCAGUAAAUGAAAAGCAACAGUUAAAAAAAGAGUUAGAAGCUCUAAGAGUAGAGUAUAUGGAGGCACAGCAGAAAUUUGAAACAGUGGAAAAAAAGACAAUAACACAACAGAAGCUUCUUGAGUCUGAAAUUACCAAUCUGAAAGAGAAUUUAAAGACUUCUGUUAAUGAAUGUGAACACAUUAAACAGGAAAAAGAAACCCAAAUAGACCAGGCAAAUAACAUAAUUGAUAAUAUUACAAAGGAGAAGAAGAUACUUCAGAAACAAGUGACUGAGAACCAGUUUAAGGUGGAUGCAUUGACUGCUGCAUUGAAGAAACAAGAGACAGAAAAUGGGCAUCUCGUUGAGUGUCUAGCAGCUCUGGAACAUCAGCAGCAAACGCAGCAGCAGCUCAAGCAAGUCCUUGAUGAAAUGUCAGAGAGUAAAAACAAAUUAGCAUAUGAUAAGGGAAGGCUACAGUCCAGAGUGCAACAGUUACAGGAAGAACUGCAGCACCGAUCUGAUGCCAGCUCUGAAAAUGUUCAGUUACGGAAAGUUAACGCAUUGCUUGAGACUAAAUAUUCUCAGGUACAGUUGGUAUUGGAACAAAAGGAGAAAGACUUUGCCUUGACCAUAAAAUCUCGUGAUGAAGCCCUUUGUGAAGCACAAAAACUGAAGGAACAUAUCGAGGUGAUGGAAAAAAAAGAAACAAAGAAGAUUGCAAGUCUUCAACAACAUGUAACAUACUCUAAGCAAGAUAAUGGUCAAAUGGCAGCAACUCUAGAGAAUGUGUUAAUGUCACACAGAAAACUCCAGCAAAUAACAGAGAAACUACAAAUAGAACUUGGACAAAGAAUCGUGGAAAUACAUAGCUUGCAACAGGACAAAUCUCAUGCCCAAAUAGUUCUACAGAGGCUGCAUUCUGAGCUGGAAGAUUUACAGGGUAAGCUGGCUAACAUGGAAGCACAGCACAGUAUUCAAGAGAUGCCUCUCCAUAAAGGACUAGAGGUUGCUAGACAAGAUAAUAAGAAACUAGCACACAACUUGGAACAGACUUUGCAGGCAAGCAAUGAUUUACAGAUCAAAUUAAAUCGUCUCCAAGAUGAUUUGGACAAUAAAGAGAAUCAACAACGGCAACUUCUUCACAACAGAGAACAAGAAGUUGAGAGUGCAAAAAUGGAGUCCAAAAUUUUCAAUGAACGAAUUGAAACUUUGAAAAAACAAUUCCAAAGUGAGAGAGAGGUUGCACGGAAAGCCAGUCAGAAAGAAAUAAUAGAACUUAGAAAAGCCCUUGAUGAAACCACAUCCAAAUCUGCAGAACUGUCACGAGCUAAUAGAGAAUUACGACUGAAAGUUACUGAAUCUGAGAAGAACAUAAAAUGUUUGAAGGCAAAGAUCAAAGAUCAGAAAACACAGCUGAAACACCAUCUGGAGACCAAAAAAGCUGCUGUUCAAAAUACAGAAAGAAUCAAGGAAUUUGAAGCUGACUUGAAGCAGAUGGAGAUAAUAAAAGACCAAUAUCAGAAAAAGAACAAUGAGCAGUCUCAAAUGAUUUUAAAGUUUAAGGCAGAGAUGCAGAUUUUACAAGAGGAACUUCAGAAUGUGGCAAAAAGUCAAAAUGAGGCAGUGUCUCUCCACCGACAACAAGAAAUACAGCUAAAGAAAGAACGUGAGCUUAGUCAAGAGCUGAGGAGAAAAUGUCAGGGUCUUGAGGAGAAGGUAAGAAAUCUACAAAAUUACAGAGAAGAAACUGAGCACAAACUGAAGGAAGCCAGUUUGGAAUCACAGCAGAUCAGUGCCAACCUGGAGGAAGCACGUCAGUGGUUUAAGUCCAAGUUUGACAGUCUGCAAGCAGAACUGAUAAAGACCCAUGGAAUGGAUACAUCAAAAAAACAAUUGUCCAAUGGAGAAAAUCUCAUGAAGACUGGUGGAGAUUUAAAUUUGAGAUCAGGUCAAAGCUUGUGGUAAAUUCAAGCUAUUUUUGGAAAGGGCAUGAAGAUUUCAACAAUUGAAAUUCCAAGCCAAUCCAGCCUCAGUUGUUGGGAAACUAAUCAGAAAUUUAAAUUUAUCUUCAUAAAAUAUCA